UUCUAAGCGCAGUUGAUCAAUGCUUUUAAAGUUGUGGUAUCAUCUUUAGAGAAUCUGCAUCGAGAGAUUUGACAGAAAACCUGACUGCUUUACAUCCACACAUCUGCGUGUGGGAGGCUCUGGAAGGGAAUAGUCAUGAGUGCUGAGCGAGCGUUUGUGUUUGUUGAUGAAGAGGAGCUCUUCAGCGUGACGAAGGAUCUGGACUGUCUCUACUGCAGGAUUCCAGUCACUGCAUCUAAACAGCACCUCAGAAAGAAACAUCUCAGAUUCGCUAUAUAUUAUAAAGACUCUGGCCUCGGGAAGUUUUCUAUCCCCUGUUACUGUUCUGAUGGAGGCCAGGGCAGGAGCCACUGGCAUUGCCCACUGUGCUCAAAAAUAUUGCACAGGACACAGAAUUACAAAAUCCAUAUUACCAACCACGGUGUUGAGAUGACAGACAAGUCCUCAGUUGAGCUACAGCCUACAACUGUCCUGUUAGAGAGCCUACAAACAGACAACGAAGACAAGACACCAGGCAACAAGGCAGUGUGCCAAAAGUGUGGGAUCCACUUUACCACAACGUCAAAUUUGAGACGGCACGAGAGACUACAGCACAGCCAGGACCAGCAGCCCAUUUUAUGCAUAGAUGCCAAAAAUGCAAUCUAUGUUACACCCAAAUAUCUGCACGGGCCAAGAGUGCCCAUUCAUAUCCGCAAGUCCUUCACCUUGCAGAUUCUGCUGUGUGAGCUGGAGGAAUGCUGGGAUUUCAUGAAAGCGCAGGCCCAGAGCGGGAAUCCUGGGAAGGAAUGCCGUCACCUGCUCCGAACGAAUCAGGCUACGUUCUACGUUCCCCCUCCGCCGCUGUGCAUUAACUCUCUGGAGGAGAUGAGCCACAAACACCUCCUGUCCGCAUCCGAGAGACACGAGUGCCAGGAGAUCAACUCUAGGGCAUGUAUGCAGGGGGUGGAUUGUGUGUACCCUAUUUUUUGGGGCGAGCAUGACCUUUCAGAGAGAUGUGUCUUCUUUUCGGUGUACACCGACCUUGAGGACAAAUGGUGUCAGUUUGGGAGGACACACGUCUCGUUUGACACCAAGUCUGGCAGCUGGAAGUGUCUGUGUAAGCACAAAAGAAGCCACUGCGUCCACAAGUGUUUGUCUAUGUGGUGGUUGUUUCAGGAGCGUCCUGAGCUGUUGCAGAAUGCCCUAGAUGUCCACGCGGAAAGAGUCGACGUGCUUGAGGAAGCGGCCAUGGAUGCAGAGGACGUGCUUUAGAUGACGGACUCCACAUCCGUCAAAACUUCUCUCGUUUUCUGUCUUUACUCAAUAAAAACACUA